AUACGCACUGACACGAAUCUCACAAUUCUCAACUGAACAAGUCCACGUCGAAGAGUCUAACGCGUUCGUUGCGCUUGCGCACUUGCGCCGGCCAAUCAUGUUGCGGCCGCCGUCUCCCGUCCUCUACGUCCAGGAAAAGAAGACCGCCGUCGCCGGAAUCUUCGGCGACCGCCACUUCUUCGACGCCGCCUCCUUCUCUGACAUCCGUGCCGCCCGUGUCGCCGUCGCGGUCCCGAACCCGCAGGCCCAGCCACCCGCCUCCCGCCGCGCUCUCCUCCUCCGUUACCAUCGCCUCCUCUCCUCCGCCCGUAAUGACACCUGCGCCUUCGACGAGACGUUGUACAUCACCUGGCACGACGCCUUCCGCCCCCACCUGAAGCACACAGCCGCCUCCCUCCGCUUGGAGAAGGCCGCCAUCGUGUUCAACGUCGGCGCGGCCGCCUCGAGGAUCGCGGCGACCGUGAGCCGCGCCACGGAGGAAGGGGUAAGGGCGGCGUGCGGGGAGUUUCAGCGCGCCGCGGGGGCGUUCCGUGCGGUUGGGGAGAUGAUGGAAGAGGAAGAGGCGACGACGGUGGAUAUGAGUUCUCAGGCCUCGGCGAUGCUGGAGAGGCUCAUGCUCGCGCAGGCGCAGGAGUGCUGUUUCGAGCGCGCUCUCGACGCAGGGAAAUCACAGACAGUGUGCUCGAAAGUGGCUAGGCAGGCUGCCCUGUACUAUGAAGAAGCUUAUGCUGCACUUGUUGCUCCUCCGCUGCAGAACCACUUUGAAAGAUCAUGGAUAUCCCAUAUCCAAUUGAAGGCUGCUCUGUUCAAUGCCGAAGCUUGUUACAGGUACACUAUUGAACUCCAUGGGAAGACAGAAAUUGGUGAGGAGAUAUCUCGAUUGCAGGUUGGAAUUAAGGCACUUGUGGAUGCAAAGCGAACUGCAAGAGGAGCUCCUGGACCCCUGUAUGAUUAUGCUUUCAGACUAGAACAAGAUAUGAACAAGAACAUGGAGACAGCGAAAGAGGAGAAUUUUCGUGUAUACCUUUUUCGCAUUCCAGCUGCCGAAUCAUUGGCCUCUCUACCAUCAGCUUCACUCGUCCGUUCUGCAUCCUUGAGUGAGAUCUUAAAUCCAAAGACAGAAAAUACCACUCAAUCUCCAUAAAUGGAUGCAUUUGGUAUGGUAAAAUUAUGGAACGGUACACGAAUAGUUGCACUUGCAUGUAAAGAUUUCCCUCUAUAGCAGAAAUUUUAGGGUUGAUAAUGUUUAUUGUCAUUCUUAUUUUGUUGCUUUGCCGGAGCCUAAAUAGGUGCACAAUUCAGAUGAUAAUAUUUGCAGAGGUGCAACUAAUAUUUGUGUUGACACGUUUGUGAUAUGUUAUGAACUUAUGAUGCCCUCGCAUAGGAAGCUUUUUUACUGCUAGGUAGUUUCUAUUUAUUUGGUGCUUUUCAACUUGAAGUCAUCAUCAGUUCUACCAUCCUAUCCUGUUGGGGUUUUAAGCAAAAUGAGCUAUGUGAACUCUAUUCUCUGUGCAUAAAUAUCCUUUUCUUGUUA